AUGCCACAGCAAAGUAUUUUGGUUGUUGACUUAUUCGAUGUUUGGGGCAUUGACUUUAUGGGACCAUUCCCAUCAUCCAAUGGCAAUCAGUACAUAUUGGUGGUUGUUGAAUAUGUUUCUAAGUGGGUCGAGGCUGUUGCAACACCAACAAAUCAAGGAUCUGUGGUACUGAAAUUCCUCCAAGGCAUUAUUUUUCCACGUUUCGGGACACCUAGAGCAAUUAUCAGUGAUGGGGGAAAGCAAUUUUUAAAUAACCAGUUUGCUGCACUACUCACUAAAUAUGGGAUAAGUCAUCGGGUGGCCACUGCAUACCAUCCUCAAACUUCUGGGCAAGUUGAAGUUUCUAAUAGGGAAAUUAAGCACAUCUUAGAGAAAACAAUCAAUGCCAGCCGCAAAGACUGGAGUGUUAAGUUGAAUGAUGCUUUAUGGGCCUACAGAACAGCGUAUAAAAUGCCAAUUGGGAUGUCCCCCUUUCGGCUUGUUUAUGGUAAAGCGUGUCAUCUACCUAUGGAGCUUGAACACAAGGCUUACUGGGCAAUUAAGGAGCUUAAUUGUGCUUAUGGUGCAGCUGGAGAAAAAAGAAAAUUACAGUUGCACAAGUUGGAAGAACUCCGGAAUGACGCAUAUGAAAGUUCAAAGAUAUACAAAGAGAAAACAAAAGCAUUCCAUGACGGCAAAAUUCUCCGAAAACAAUUUCAGCCAGGUCAGAAGGUGGCGGGUCCCUACAAUGUUACUAAAGUCUAUCCACACGGCACUGUGGAUAUUAAAAAUGGGAAGACCGGUUUCGAGUUUAAAGUAAAUGGUCAUAGACUUAAACACUACUUGGAGGCGACGUUUGACAAUGCAACCGAGUCGAUGACUCUGAAGGAACCGGUGAUUUGA